AUGGCACAACCUCCGAAUGUGCCACAAGCACAACUAAAGGAUCAAGUACCGAGAGAUUCUAGAGUCAUGCAGCUUAUAUUACAAGCUGCGGGAGUUGAAGAUUAUGAACCAAAAGUAGCUCAACAACUACUGGAGUUCGCUCAUCGAUAUACGGUUGAUGUUAUUCAAGAUGCUUCAGCCUAUGCUGAACAUGCCGGAAAGAAUGAUAUUGAUAUCGAUGAUGUAAAACUUGCAAUUCAAGGUCGUAUUACUCAUUCAUUUACUGCACCACCACGACAAGAGUUCUUGGCACAACUUGCUAAAGAACGUAAUAAAGAACCAUUACCACCUGUACCAGAAAAGUAUGGUCUGAGGCUGCCACCUGAUCGUCAUUGUUUAACAGCCGUUAACUUUCAACUUAUACCUGAGACUCAACCUGUGAAACCGGAUGAUUCUUCUGUAAUUGGUGGAGUGGAUUCAGAUUAUGAUAUGCAAGAUGUUGAAUCUCCUGAACAGAUUGCCACUGUCACUAUUACAAAAAGACCUGAAGAUGAUGAUUAUGAUUUUUAA